GCUGCAGAGAAAUGGCAGCGUCUGUGGCAGUGUGCAGCUUACUGCGUGGCUCUCUGAAGAGGGGGGCUGCCGCCGCCGCCUACAGCACAGGGAGAGAUGGAACCUCUUGUCCUGCUCCUGUUCCCUCAGCGGGACAAGCAACCUCUCAGCUACCCCCUGUCACCCCCUCUUCCACUUCCCCUGGUAACCCCACAGCCCCUCAUCUGCAUUCUUCUGGUGCCCCGGCUCCUGGCCGCCGCUUUUCAUCAUCUUCGUCUGUCCCAAAGAUUGAUAACAAGAGCUUCCUAUGGUCCCGGUAUGGGGAGAUGAAGAAACUUGUGCAAGACCUCUUGCCUCCUGGGGUGUGUAACCUCCUCAACUCUUCAACUAUCUAUGCCAACAAUGAAGUCUGCCUUGGAGACAUAGAAGUCUAUGGAUUUGAUUAUGACUACACCCUGGCACUGUAUUCCAGUGCUCUGCACUCCAUGAUAUUUAACACUGCCAGAGACAUUCUGGUUGAACAGUACAAGUAUCCAGAUGCAAUCCGCAAGUAUGAAUACCUACCUAACUUUGCAGUGAGAGGCCUGCAUUAUGAUAUUAACAAGGGUCUGUUAAUGAAGAUCGAUGCUUAUCACUACAUAGAGCUAGGCACUGCAUACAGGGGCCUGAAGCCGGUCCCAGAUGAGGAGGUGAUGGAUCUCUACCAGGGAACACACCACAUACCACUUCACCAGGUCAGCGGGUUCUAUGGCAAGGGUCCUGCAGUCAAGCAAUUUAUGGACAUCUUCUCAUUGCCUGAAAUGACGCUGCUGGCUGUUGCCAAUGAUUUUUUUCUGACAAAUGAUAUUGAUUAUGACCCCAUUCACCUGUACAAAGAUGUCACAGAUGCAAUCCGAGACGUACAUAUAAAGGGCUUCAUGUACAAAUGGAUCAUGCAGGAUCUUGAAAAGUAUAUUUUAAGAGGAGAUGAAACAUAUGCAGUCUUGCACCGCCUGGCCAGUCAAGGCAAAAAGCUUUUCCUUAUCACCAACAGUCCCUUUAGCUUUGUGGACAAGGGGAUGAAAUACAUGGUUGGCAAGGACUGGAGGGAUUUCUUUGACGUUGUCAUUGUCCAGGCAGAUAAACCCCACUUCUUCAAUGAUUGUAUCAAGCCUUUCCGCCAGUUGGAUGCGAAUGGAGACUUAAAAUGGGAUAAGAUUACAAGUUUGGAGAAGGGACAGGUGUACAAACAGGGUAACUUGUUUGACUUCAUUCGCUUAACAGGCUGGCGUGGGUCUAAGGUGCUUUAUUUUGGAGACCAUUUGUAUAGUGACCUUGCGGACCUUAUGCUGCGUCAUGGUUGGAGGACAGGGGCUAUAGUGCCGGAACUAGAGACUGAAACCAAGAUUGUUAACACAGAACAGUAUUCCCAGUCGCUGACUUGGCUGCAGGCGUUGACUGGCCUCUUGGAGCGAAUGCAGAAUUUCCGGGACCCAGAGUCUCAGCUGGUACUGCAGGACUGGAUGAAGGAGAGACAUGAGCUAAGGGCUGUAACCAAGAAUCUCUUCAACCCCCAGUUUGGUAGUAUUUUCCGGACCUGCCAUAACCCCACCUACUUUUCCCGCCGUCUCUGCCGUUUUUCAGAUCUUUACAUGGCCUCUAUUAGCUGCCUCCUAAACUAUGACCUAAGCUACACUUUCUUCCCCCGCCGCACCCCUCUGCAGCAUGAAGCGCCGCUGUGGAUGGAUCAGCUCUGCACAGGCUGCAUGAAAACUCCUUUCUUGGAAGAGAUGGCCCACAUCCGCUAAUGGACAAGGGAGAUUGCAGUGAGACUUUGGGCGCCAGGCUCUGCAAAGGUUGAGGAGUAUGAAUGCACCCUGAAGCCCUUUCAUCAAAUGUGCCACUUCUGUGAGAUAAAACUGCCAAUGUACUAGAAAAUACACAAGUUGAGGAUUUUGCUCAGUGCUUGUGUAGAUAAAAUAAACUGCACAGCAGGGUGUAUUAAUGUCAAAUUUUAUUUCAAGGUACUUUCUCCUUGCAGUCAAAAACUCUUUGCUUAAUGUUACUAACUCUAAAUGCUAAUGUUCUCUAUUGAACAGAGAGAGAGAUCAUUGUGUACUUGCGUAGUUGUAACCACUUCAGUGUUCCAUUGGCUUGCCCCACACUGCCUUACAUAGCAGUGACCUGCAAUAUGUUGCUUUCUGCCUUUGUCUAGUGCACGCAGCUUGGUGUAAAGGCCAUGCUAUUUGGGAUACUCGUUUUAGUCUUCCACCAUGUUUGCUAGCAUUCCUGCCUCUGUACUCGGUAAUCUGAAGGACAACAUGCCAACAUAGAAGUGUGAAAUAUCUAAGCAUGUGCUACCUGCCUCCUUCACUACCAACACCUGCUUUGUUCUUCAUAGCUAUCCAUAAAUCAUUCUUGCAACUGACUUAUUCAAAUAGCUUCAGCAGGCUCUACUAGGAAGGAAUGAUAAAGGAAUUUAUUUUUUAGAAACCAUUUGUAUUCAGCAUGAAGAUCCAUUCAAGCUUUUCUGCACUGAGCUUAGCCUUUUGCUUUCUUAGAGUUUUUAGACAUUUCUUUACCAGUAAUUGCAUUCCAUUGCAUGGGCACACUGAUUGCACAGGAGCAGCAUGCUACUAUGGAGUUCAUCUAUGGGGAGACCUUUGCUGGAUUGAGUGUUACUACACAUGGACCUUAAUUGUUACUAAAGGGAUGAGAGCAUACAUAGCAGACAAAUGAGCAAUUUUUAGGUGAAGCUGAUACGCACAAUUUUUUUUAAAUUAAACUUUUCAAGAAGUUCCCAGCUGUAGCAGUGAAAUCCUAUAUCAUCUAUAGCUUCAGAUCUCUUUUGAGAGACACUGAAUGUGUUCAUGGUUAGCAGGCUGGUGUUUUUAUUUUCCCAAUGAGGGCACUGUGAGAGAUAUUGGCCCUUUCUGAUAUCCUACACUGUAAUUGCAUUAUUGGGGGAAUGGAAAGGAAAGCACUUUACCCUGUGACUAGCAACAGGGUAUAGUCUUUGUGCUCCUCAUAUGGACAUGUCAGUAAACAACAGAUCACUUGGUGUGAAUUUAGAGAACUUCAGCGUGUGGGCUACUGAUGAAUUGUUCUUGUAUUCCUGCCAUAUUAUGCUGAUUUUUAUAUAAUAGGAACUGUGUUCUUGCAGCAGCAAGUCUUAAGUUUGAUUUGUUUCAUCAGGAAAGGUUUAACAUCUUAAGAUCAGGAUAAUGGGUAUAUAUUCGAUAUGCUUGUUGUGUUAUACAGCUAUGGGCAGGACUCAUUUGCCAUUCAUCUGCCAUAGUUCUUCUUUUUUGUUUUUUACACUGUAACAAAGUUGUUGAGCAGAAAGCUUAAAAUAAAUGUACAACAAUC